AUGGAUGAAGAUGAAAACAAACUUAUAACCAUUGGCCUUGAAAGUGAGGAACAUGAUCUACUAUCUACAACAAGUUUUUUAUCUCAGGCAUCCGAGCAUGAGGAGAAUGUUGAUGAGCCUAUUGGCGUUGAAAAUUGUGAAGGUAAUUUUGUUGUUGAUCCAUAUAUCGGAAUGGAGUUCUUUACUCAUGAGGAAGUUUAUAAUUUCUACAAUGUAUACGCCAUACUUAAGGGGUUUGGUGUUCGCAAAGGUCAUACAACUUGGUCGAGAAAGAAAGAUGUAAUCAUAUCUAGAAUAUUUGUAUGUGACAAGGAAGGGUUUAAAUUUUUAAAAGAUAAAAGAGAAGAAGGUCGGAAUGUAAUUCGAAAGUUUGAUACAAGAUGUGGAUGCAACGCAAGGAUGGUUAUUGGACUCGGUAGAAGCACUGAAAAAUGGGUGGUCCGAAAUUUAAACAUUAAUCAUAAUGGUCAUCCAUUAACCACCCCAAAUCGGGUAAAGAAGCACUACUCACAUCGGACACGUCAUCGAGCUCAAUCGACAAAAAGGUUGAUAGAUACUAUUGACAAUCAAGGUUUACGACCUUCUACCAUUUGUAAGGUUGUAGACGUUGCUCAUGGAAAUGAGCAAGGCUCUCUCACUCAACAAGAAUGCCAAACACAACUUAGAAUCAAAAGAAAAAAUAAUGUCGGCCAUGAGUGUGUGAGCAUAGUUCGUCAAUUUCAAGAGAAAAAGGUAUCUGGUCCUCAAUUUUACUUUGCACUUGAUUUAGAAAAUGAUGGGAUGAUGAGAAGUGUUUUUUGGAUGGAUGGUAGGUCGAGCACUUCUUACUUGCAAUUUGGAGAUGUUGUUUGCUUUGAUGUUACAUACAGAACGAACAAUUUAAAAUUGUCGUUUGCACCAUUUACAGGCGUUAACCAUCAUCGACAAUCUACUCUAUUUGGAUGUGCGUUACUAGCAGAUGAAACAGAGGAGACGUUUAUAUGGUUAUUUAGUCAAUGGUUAAACUGUAUGUCGGGUAUAGCACCAUUAACAAUCAUCACUGAGCAAGAUAAAGUUAUGUGUAGUGCAAUUCACAAAGUUUUUCCUCAAACUCGUCAUCGUUUUUGUUCUUGGCACCUUCAUAGGAAUGCAGUACAAAAUCUUCAAUCAAUGCAUAAUAAUUAUGGUGAGGAUGUGGGUAUAAAGUAUAACAAAUGGUAUUGGAGUAAAUCAGAAGAAAAAUUUAUAAAGCGUUGGGAAGAAAUGAGGGACAAAUAUGGCGCAGAUAAAAAGAAUUGGUUAGUAAAUUUAUACAAUCAUCAAGAUCAUUGGGCUCCAGUGUAUCUUAAAGACACUUUUACUGCAGCAAUGACAUCUACUCAGCGGAGUGAGGGAAUUAAUGCUUUUUUUGAUCAUUUUGUGAAUGCAAAUACCGAGUUACAUGAUUUUGUUAAGCAAUAUGAUAAUGUUGUCGGAGCUCGCCGAUCCGCUGAACUUGAGUAA